AUGCCCCAACUAAACCCAAAACCCUGACUUAUGGUUUUCCUUACCACUUGAUUUAUAUUAAUUAUUGCUACACACCCAAAAAUUGCCUCCCUAAAAUUUAUAAAUAACCCAGCACCCUUUCACCCCACACCAAUUAAACCAUGACCUUGGCCACAAAUCUAA